CACAGGUCCAUCUCACUCUGGUCUUCAAACCGAGGAGUCCCCCACCGCUUCUUCAUCUCGCCAGCGGGAGGGUCAUCAGGCCUGAUGGCUGGAAGCUGCCGUGGGGGUCAAUACUGGGAUGGUUUGCUCAAAGGAUGUAUUGGUUGUCAAACACAAUGCAACAAACCACAUGUCAUCCCCAAAUGCACCAGUUACUGUGAGUCUGCACAUUGUAAAGCACUGCUUGGCCACUACUACGAUAGGCUGCUGAAGAUAUGUGUGAGGUGCGCUAAGAUUUGUGGCAGUCAUCCACCAGAAUGCUCCCAGCACUGCCAGAAAGUAUCCCUCCCAUCUACCCCCCGAGCUCCGACACCUCCUGUGACUACCAAAAAGCUCCUGGUUGAAGUUACCUCACACGUGCCAAAUUCCAGAGGGAUCUCAGGGCUGACAGCCCUGGAAGACUCCACCAUCCUGCUGUACUCCCUGCUGGGCGUCUGCUAUUCUCUAGCUUACAACCUCGGUAAUAGUCUACUAAGCGAAAAGAGAAAACCUCAAACAAACAACACCGCUGGUCCGCAGGGCCAAGACGUUAGUCGCAAACGAAGGCAGAGGUCCAAAGAUUUUGUAACAAAUUCAAACCGCACCAGAGACCGUGAGCCGUCAUAUGACUCCAUUCCUACCGAGACCUGCGUAUGUGUCCACUGUUUCCCUGAUCUGAAAGCACUGGGCCAGGGCAACGACAGGCCGCUGAGAGCCCCCUUCUCAUUCUACCAGCAGCCCUUCCUCCAUAGAGGGCCUGUCCGGGCUGAGGAGAACCUACACAUCUCUGGACUGGAGGUGCUGGAGGAGGCGGCAGUUGGAUGAGGCUCAUUUAGCUGUCCCACGGGGACAACUGGAAUGUCCAAAUGUGUCCCCAGGUCAUAGGAGAAGAUUGUCAGCGUAUUUGAUUGUUUAAUCAGACUGUGAGAUAACAUCACCGCAGUGUGAUAGAUUGUGAAACUGAUAAAACAAAUAGGGAGUUAAAAGGGUUGCACGCUCAUCUACGACCCCCAUCAACCUCACCUGACACCGAUUGCCAACCGUCAUCUUGGCAUGUCCGCUCACAUUUCCAUAGGACAUCAUUUCAGUAACCUGUAGUUACAGGAAGACGCGACUUGCAUGUCUUAAGUUCAUGACCCCUGCUCUCCAGAUUACUUUUCAACCAAAACAAGUGAACCACACCACCCAUAACAUUACUUGGGGUAGUCUAGUGCAGGUAUCAGCGGAGGAGAAUUUAUAAUCUGCCAACUACAGUUACAUUUCAUUUCAUUGUCUACUAAUCGGUCGAUUAUUAUUAUUUUCUGGAUUAGUUGUUUGGUCUAUAAAAUGUCAGAAAAUGGUUUUAAAAAAGUCAAUCAGUGGUUUCCAAUGCCCAAGUAACACACAACUCCAAAAAUAUUCCGUUUACUGUCACAGAGGAUAAAAUAUUCACAUUUAAGAAUCUGGAAUCGGAUAAUUUGGGCCUUUUUCACAUAAAAAGAGACUCAACCCGAUUAUCAAAUUAGUUGGCGGACAACUUAUUGAUUAAUCUUUGCAGCUGUAGUUUUCCUGACAAAAAUCAGUUAAGGGUGUUUUUUUUUAUACAACCACUGGGAGAAAUGUUGAAGUCCUACUGAUUCCUCUGUUUGGGCUUCAAGUAUAGAAAUGUACAUGUGCAAGUACUGGCACAACAUGCGUACAAUGUAUGUAUGUCAAUUUUGUGUGAUACUGUGAAGUAUAUAUUUGUGGGGUGACUGUUUGUAUUACGAUUGAGAAUCUUCUUGUACCACUAAUAAAAAAAAUAAAAAUCAUCAUUGAUAUCAGAAA